AUGGGCCCUUGGAAUAACGCAUUAUUUCUUCUUGCUAUAUUCAUGGGAAUUCUUAAUUUUUCCCUAGCCCAAAACUCGCCACAAGACUUUGUUGAUGCUCAUAAUCAGGCUCGAGCUCAGGUUGGUGUGGGGCCCAUGACUUGGGAUAGUAAUGUGGCUGGUUUCGCAGAAAAUUAUGCCAAUCAAAGACGUGGUGACUGUCAGUUGGUGCACUCCCAAAACAGUCCUUACGAAAAGAUGUGUGGGCAUUAUACUCAAGUUGUUUGGCGUAAUUCGGUUCGUCUUGGUUGUGCAAGGGUUCAAUGCAAUAAUGAUGCAUGGUUCGUGACAUGCAACUAUGAUCCACCCGGCAACUAUGUUGGAGAGAAACCUUACUGA